GGCAUCUCUGACAACCAGAUUAGCUCCUGUCAGUCCGCCUAACUAUCAACAUACAGUCUAUAAUCGACUAUUCGCAUGUUGCAUUGAUUAUCACGAAAAUAGGAUAAGAAAACUAUGAAUAGAAACUCAACAUAAAUCAAAACCAAAUGCCGGUGUUACCUACCACAAAUAAGUAAUAAAAUUAUAAAUCAACGCAAAAAGAUUACAUAAUCCAGUGCUGCUCCAGUAAUGGGAAGCGGUAAAUCUAAGGAGCCGUCAGCAGCUGGCCAGAAAGGCAACAUCGACUUCACACAGUUUAAGGCCAGAGUCGAUCGCAUCAAUAUUACGGGACUUAGUAGAACCCACGAUGACUAUGUGCAGCGGGCUAUCAGGAGUUUAUUCAAGGCGACAAAUUUUCAGGAUGUCAUCAUAGAAACUACAAACGCCAAGGAUAACCUUAUGCAGUUAGGCAUUUUCAAAAAUAUGAAGAUUAACAUUGAUGUUAGCAAAGGAAAUGGUGCUACAAACAAUGGAUACGAAAUAACGUUUCAGGGCGAUGAGCUUUCCCGCUUAACUGGCAGUAUUGGGACUGAGCUUGGUCAAAACGAUGGAGCGGCUACAGCGGAACUGACAUCGCCAAACAUGCUCGGCCGAGGAGAACGUUUAAGUUUAAAUUAUAGCUACAGCUACGUGAAAAGUAGUGUACUUAAUCUUCGAUUAACAAAACCAUACUACCACACCGUCGUUGGUGAAUAUAGUCCCGAGACAUCGGUAUCGAUUUUCAAGCACUCGUCACCCACGCCUUGGUCCAGGUUCCGCACUGACGAAACUGGUGUCAUGCUAGAUUUUUCUUUUACGUUGCCUUUUGGAUUAAGCAACAGUUUGCAGUAUGAAGUUGGAAUGAAGGAAAUGUUCGCCAUGGAUAAACUGACGCCGUUUUUUAUACGGGAGCACUGCGGGCCUAGACUGGCAGCCAUCGUUCGACAUAUUGGUAUUUACGAAGGGCGCGAUAGCAAUGUAUUCCCCACAAAUGGUGUUUUUAUAAAAACGACGAAUGAGUUAAUGGGCAGUACACUAACUCAAUUCGGUCUGGUGAAAAGCGAUGUUCAUUGCGAGUUGAAUGUGCCACUUUUUGCUGGAAUUUCACUGCAAAUGUGCGGACGUGUCGGAGUGAUUGUGAAUGAUAAACUUAAGGAGUCAAUACCGAUCAAUCAGUUGUUCUUCCCAGGAGGACCUCAAUCACUUCGAGGGUUUGAGAUUGCUGGUGCAUGUCCUUAUCGGGAAGGAGUUGCCGUUGGUUGUCAGUCAUAUUGGACAUCAGGAAUGCAUCUGUGGAGCCCACUUCCAUUCAACAGUUACUUUGGCGGUUUCGGAAACCUAUUUAGAACGCAUUUAUUUUAUAACUUCGGAACGUGUAAUACUUUCACUACAGACAAAUUGCGGAGUGCGGCGGGUGCAGGACUUGCAGUGAGGAUAGGUCAAAGAGCACGCAUUGAAUUUAAUUACUGCCAACCCCUUUCUUUCGAAUCCGGAGAUCGUUAUAAACAAGGUUUUCAGUUCGGCAUUGGCUAUGAAUUCAUUUAGGUAGAUGCAAAUAACCGAAAACAGCCUUGGUACCGAUAGCUUUUCUCCUCACAUAUAAAGAAAUCGGUCAAAUAUGUUACAGCGAAUAGUCUCAUUUCGUAAAUCAGUCGACAUUGUUUUUUUUGGUAGUUUAAGCAAAUUGAACAUAGGCUGAGAGAAUUUUUUCAAAAAUUGCCACUUAAAACGAAAUAUAGUCUUCUAUAUACAUUUCACUGGUUCGCGAUUUAGUAUCAUUGGUUUUCGUUGUUAACCUGUAUCAUUUUCUGCCAAUCCGAUCAGUCUGAUACAUACAUGAACUUUUGAUAAAAUUUAAAUCAGUGUUAUUUAUUACCACAUCCACCAAAUUAUAAUCACAUCUUAGUUCGAUGAGAAAUAAACUAUCGCUUGUUAA